AAAUUUUUUUUUGGCAACUGUAAUUGAAAGAAGAAGAAGAAGUAUGCAGCAGUUUUUAGACCGGCGCUUACUUCUUUCACAAAAAUUAAUUGAAUGUAAUAACGUUUAAAAAUAUUGUAAUAAAAAAGUGAGUUAAAAUGUCGAAUAGUAUGUUUACUACCUCAAAACGUGGUUUCCUUCAAAUAAAACCUCAAACACCUAAAGGAUUAUACUCCCAAGAAAAUUCGGGUCUUAAUGAACUCUCCAUCACAUUGCUACCAGACGAAUUGUCCCGCGUUUUAAAUCAGUCGCAACGACAACAAUCAUUCAAUAAUUCCGGCACAAAUUUUGGUAACUACAAUGAGACUGCUUGUGAUGUUUUAAAUAUGAGUAAUAUGUCCACGAUGGAGGAAAAUCAAAAUAUAUUCCUACUCAAGGAAAAAACAGAUUUGUUAUUUCCUCAAUUCCUUGAAGUUUUACAAGGGCGAACUAAUGACUCUGAAGUUUUUGAUACUAUCCAAAACUUGAUACAAACAUGUGCUGGCGUUGCAGAUGAGUUGCAGAAAGGCUUACAACAUAAUCCUUCUAUGUCCAAAUAUCAAAAUGACAAUUUUAUGUGGUUGGACCAAGAAAUGAAAACAUGGAAAUUGUUAUUUGCUUUAUACAAAGAUAGGAUCAUCGUGCAAGCAGAAGAUGUUGGUAUGGAUUGUAAUAUGCCACCCUUAGGAGGAUCAGAAAAGGAAGUUGUUGCCCAACUAUAUACAUGCAACUCUACAUUACGUGAGUACCAAUUGAUGGUUGAUUGGCUUGAAGCAUGUUACGAUCGAAAGGAUUCACAACCUCAAGUUGGGCAUGUUACCAAUCGUGCAGUAGGUUGGGAGAACACACUUUUUCAACUACAAAAUCGUCGUGAUGUAGCUUUUGGAACUGGGGUAGAUAUUGUCAAAUCGUUAGACCCCGAUGCUCCUAUUCGUGAGCGUCGUCCACUCCAUGCGUUAGAUGAGGAAGAUACGUUGCGCCUAUCACGCUGUAUUUUUACCGAAGUUCGUCAAGGACGCAUUGAUGAGGCAAUGGCUAUUUGUAAAUAUAGUGGACAAACAUGGCGCGCUGCCAUACUAGAAGGUUGGCGCCUACACGAAGAUCCCAAUUAUGAAACACAAUUAAAUAAUCGCGAAAAACUGCCGAUUGAAGGAAAUCCACGUCGUGAUAUUUGGAAAAAAUGUGCUUGGCUAAUGGCUGACUCUAAGAAAUUUGAUGAAUAUACACGCGCAAUAGCUGGAGCUUUUUGUGGCCAUAUCGAUUCUUUAAAGGCGUUAUUAAGUGGUUCCUGGGAGGAUUUACUCUGGGCAUAUCUUAAGGUGCAAAUUGAUAUACGUGUCGAGAGUGAAAUACGUGCUUGUUGCAUUAAAGCUUACCUUCCGCUACCAGAUAAUUAUUGGAAUGCCAAAAUGUCAUUAGAACAGAUAUUCGAAGAACUAUCAGUUCAUAAAGAUGCCGCCGUCCGUGACUAUGCUUACAGUAAGGUUGGAACCAUACAAAAGUACUUGAUAUUGGACAAUAUAGGAGAGUUGCUACAUAUAAUGCGCCGUUGGGUUGACGAUUCUCAUAAUUCCAGCGAUCGUGAAAAUUUAUCCCCUCACCUUUUGCGAUUCAUUACGCACAUAGUACUUUUUAUGCGACAAAUUGGACGUGUUGAUAAAGAAGAAACAGCCGACUGUAUAGUAGCGGCUUACGUUGAGUCUUUAAUAAAAAUGGGAGAUGCACAAUUAGUGGCUUUUUACACUGCCGCACUGCCUGGAAAAUUGCAAAUGCUAUUAUAUUCCAAAUUCCUAGAAGGAAUUACGGACACUGCAAAUCGCUCAGCGGCGAUCACGGAGGCCAUUAAUGCUGGACUUGAUGUUGAGAAUAUCACUCGCCAUACAGUGGAUACUAUUCGUCAGCGUAUGCCAGAAAAUACCGACAAAACUGACAUUUCUCGUGAAAGUCUUCAAAUUGGCGAGAUUUCUACUUUCGAUCAGCGAAAAAUUAGUGCUCUGGAAUGGCUAACAUUUUUGCCAACUCAACGUGGAGACCUUUUGUGGCAAGCAAAUGCGAUGAUUCGUACUUUUCUGGGCGAGAACAAAUCAGAAUGUGUGCGCGCCGUUUAUGAAAUUGUCCCUACUGAUUCACUUUCGCAAAUAAUUAGUAUAUAUGGUUCAAAGGAUAAUUUCCCUUGCCGCGAAGAGUGUAGUAUUAAGGAAUACCUUAGUUAUAAAAUAUACUUAGCAGCUAUCGACAGUUUUGGGGAAUGGUCACGCCUAUUGCAUAAUCGUCCAAAAGAGCCAAAUCUUGUUACAGCUGGGGCAAAUUUUACUGAACGUGUGGCAUCGGAGCAUAAAGAGCAAGUUUAUCAUGCAGAACUAAAACGCUGGGAAGCAAAUAUUGAAGAUCAAACCAAAUUAACACGGGAUGCUCUAUUCAAUAUAUUACUUUUCCCUGAAAAGGGGUGGUUAAUUGAUCCAGAUACAUCAAAAGAUCCUGCAAAAAUCAGUGAAUUGGAUUGGCAAAAUCGUCAAAUACAAUUAGAAAAACUUCGUAGCAUCUGUAUUCCCGAAAUAGUACUUCUAUUGCAUAAAGUUUUACACGCCUCGGGGGAUUAUCAAGGAUGUGUUAAGCUGUCGGACGAAAUCGCCUCAGAAACUCGACAAUUGUAUAAAGUUUACACAAAGCAUAAGCUGGCAGAGUUGCUUUCAAAGUUAGCUGAAUCCUCAUUGCAGUUGUUGAACAAGAAACUUGACCCAUGGGGUUAUGUUUCUACCCUUUAAAACAUUGUAUUGAAAUUAAUUAUGGAAAUUAUUUGCUUCAAUAAUUGAUUUGUUUUUUAGAUUCAUAAUGAAUUAAAUUCAAAUUAAGUUGGUAUUUGUAACAUUUUGAUAAA